CAUGUAGAAAUCAAGGUAGGCAUGAAUCUGGAAUCCCUUAAUCUAAGCCUUAUUGCCUUAUCUAAUUCAUAUCCAGGGUUGCCUUAAUAAGCGCAAAUCCCACUUAACCUUAUAUUGGGUUCGUAAUCCUUAAUUUCUAUGUUAAACCCUCCUUGCUAAUUCCUUCAAACCUUCUCCAAUGUUCCCUCACUGGCUACUAAGAUCACCACCAAACACUGCAUCCUCCACUCCCAAGUCACCCUCCCAUUUCUCUUCCUCUUCUUUGAAAGACAUUAACGCCAUCCUCCAAGAGGACCAACCCUUCCAGCCCUAUUCUAAAUCCCCCAAAAAGCCCUCCAUUUUCCACCGUGUAACACUCUCAACCUCCGUCCUCCGCGCAUGGGCUGCGGCCGCAGCGGCAGCGGCUCAAACCCACCACCAUGCUCCCUUAUCACCCCAACCCUCCGUUACUCUCCCUUACGCUGAUCAGCGGGUUGUACUUUACUUCACCAGCCUCCGUGUCGUCCGUAGGACUUUCGAGGACUGUAAGGCCGUCAGGUCAAUUCUACGUGGAUUCGGCUUACCGAUCGACGAACGAGAUUUGUCUAUGGAUUCGGAUUUCGUAGAGGAGUUGCAGGGGAUCAUCGGGCGGAAUGAAAUCAAAAGCUUUACGCUACCCUUGGUUUUCAUCGGCGGGAAGUACGUAGGUGGUGCGGAGGAAAUCAAACGGUUACAUGAGUGUGGAGAACUGAAGAACCUGAUUGGUGGGUCACCGGUUGCUGUAGGGUCCAGUGUCUGUGAUUUAUGCCAAGGGAUGAGAUUCGUUGUUUGUCGACAAUGCAAUGGUAGCCAUAAGAUUUAUUUUGAAAAAUCUGGGUUCCGAAGUUGUAACGAUUGCAAUGCUAACGGUCUCGUCAGGUGCCCGUCUUGCAGCCCCGGUCACCGUCGAGUCUCCUACUCUUUUUCUUAGCUUAAUUUUUAUUAAUAUAAAAUCAAAUUAGUAAAAAAAAAACAGGCAUUUGUAUUUUCUUGAAGUCCCUAGCUUCUUUUUACCAUUUUAAUUACAAUUUUGU